GUUUGCCGGGCCGUUAUGUUUCCGAGUUGCACCUCCCACGGCCAAUCAGACACUUAGCGGUGCAGUUCGAGGUCCGACUCGCAUUUAUCGCUAGAGUCGACAGCGAUGUCACUCCACCGAGGUGGCGCGACUUGCCAUGGCCGCGAUGGAAACCAGGCACACUUUUCUAUUCCAAGGCUGUCAGGUGCUUUUGGUGGUGAGCCUCUGCGCGUCCCGUAUCCGGGAGAUGCCGCUCAGCAGAUAUAUUACUUGCUCAGAUUUUGAUGCCUAUUAACGCAAUCACUCCAGCUACCGUAGGGCUUCUUUACAGCAAGCUCCCUUUAUCACCAAUGAUACCUAUUGGUGCUAGUAUCUUUUAGUAAUUCACAUGGAACAGUCAGCGAGCAAAGAGUUGGAGGGCGAGGAGGACGCCACUGGUAACACCAAAUCACAGCACCCGAUGUUGGGCGACAUGAAUUCCUCAGCUACAGACACGCCCGAGCAGUCACAAGCAAACCCCGUCGAGCCUAGAUUUGAUAUCAAACAAUGGGCAAGCAACGGCAUCACCAAACUCACACAGGAGGGCCUGCGGAUCCAGGGCUCUGGUUUCGUGUUCAACCAUCUUACCGUCUCCGGUGCUGGAUCGAGGGUGCAGCUUCAAGAGACGGCGGCCUCGGUUGCUCUAACGCCCAUUCGGCGACUCGCUCGCGCUGGAAACCGCCCUUCGCCAGAAAGGGUCAUCCUCCGCGACUUCUCUGGCGUAGUGAAGGAGGGAGAGCUUCUUGCGGUUCUUGGAAGACCGGGAAGUGGUUGCUCAACCUUCAUGAAGUCUAUCAGUGGCCAGUUGAGCGGCCUUCGCAUUAGCAAGGAUGCCGAAGUCACUUUCAACGGCGUUCCAUUCGAUUACAUGCACAAGCACUUCAAGGGCGAGGUCACGUACAAUCCGGAGCUUGAUUUCCAUUUCCCACACCUCACGGUGGGACAGACACUGGAAUUUGCUGCCACGCUUCGGACGCCGCGUACUCGAUUCGACCACUUGACCCGUGACGAAUGGGGCAAGUGCGUAUCGAAAGCUGUCACGGAGAUGUGCGGCUUAACGGGCACCUACGACACGCGGGUAGGAAACGAGUUCAUCCGCGGCGUUUCCGGCGGCGAAAGGAAAAGAGUCAGCAUUGCCGAGAUGGCCGUCGCCGGGUCGCUGGUCGGCCUCUGGGACCAAGCAACUCGUGGCCUUGAUUCUGGAAGCGCAAUAAACUUCGUCCGGUCCCUGCGAAACAUUGCUGAAGUCCUGGGCUCCAGCCACGCCGUUUCGCUAUACCAGGCCUCCGACUCGAUCUUUGCCUCGUUCGAUAAGGUUAUCGUUCUCUACGAGGGGAGAGAAAUCUACUUAGGCCCUGUAUCCUCUGCGAAGUCAUACUUUGAGGAAAUGGGCUGGAGCUGUCCCCCUCGUCAACCGGUCGCCGAUUUCCUGACCUCUGUCACAAAUCCCGUGGCUAGAAAAGCGCGUGAUGACUGGGAGAAUCGGACACCACAGACCGCUGAGGAUUUCGAGCAGUACUGGCAUGCAUCUCGAGAGUUUGGAGUGUUGAUGAAAGAGGUAGAACAAUACGAACACUACCAUCCAGCGGACGGAGCGUACGUGAACGAUUUCAAGCACGCUAUGACCGCGAAGCAAAGCACACACGUACGGAACGAGGCACCGUAUCUGGCCAGUUUGCGCAAGCAAAUACAGUAUUGCACGAAGCGCGCCUUCUACCGAGUGUGGCAGGACAAGGUUUCCACGGUGACGGUUAUGGUUGCGCAAAUCGUCAUGUCUCUCAUUCUCGGUUCGAUGUUCUACCAAACGCCGAAUAAUACGACCGGUCUCUUCAGCAAAGGAGGCGUGCUGUUUGCAGGCAUCCUUCUGAACGCACUCAUCACCGUUACAGAGAUCUUCCAAGUCUACCACCAACGCCCUAUUGUAGAGAAACAGGCUUCGUACGCCUUCUAUCGACCAUGGACGGAGGCACUCUCAGCCCUGUGCAUCAAUGUUCCCCUCAAACUGAUUACAGCUUGCACAUUCAACAUUAUCCUCUACUUCCUUGCAGGACUGCGCACGAGGCCCGCCCAGUUCUUCAUCUUCUUUCUCUUCGUCUACGUGGCGACUAUCACUAUGUCCUGCAUCUUCCGGGCGGUUGGGGCGGCCACACGGGCUCAGCCCCAAGCAUUCGCCAUCGUCGGCGUAGUCUUGCCUCUCCUCGUUAUUUACACGGGUUUUGUCAUCCCGCAGCCGUCGCAACAUCCAUGGUUCAAGUGGAUCACGUACAUUAAUCCGGUGCAGUACACGUUCGAAUCAUUGAUCGCCAAUGAAUUCCACGACCGGAACUUUACCUGCGCAGCGAGGAAUAUUGUCCCGCCGUAUGGUCCAAUGAUGGACACGCCAUAUGCUUGUGCGGUGCGGGGUGCAGAGCCCAAUCAACCCUUUGUCUACGGAGACUCGUACAUCGCAGAAAGCUACGACUACCACCACAGCCAUCUCUGGCGGAACUUUGGGAUCCUUGUGGGCUACCUUGUCUUCUUCCUGCUACUCUAUCUGGCGUUCUCCAGCCGGAACAUGUACACCGAACCAGUGUCGGACGAUCUUAUCUUCCGUCGUGGACACGUGCCAAAAGCGAUUGAACAGGCGAAGGCGGGUGGUGUGGAUGACGAGGCUGAGAAAGGCAACAGCGCCCCUGCGAGCAGCGAUUCCGCUCUUGUACAAACCCCUUCUGUAGUCGCAGCCAACGGUAUACCUCCACAAACGGACACAUUUACCUGGGAAAGCGUGUCCUACACGAUUCCAAUCCGCCAUGGGACCCGAAAGCUUCUAGAUGACAUAUAUGGGUGGGUCAAGCCAGGAACGCUAACUGCUCUUAUGGGAGUAUCUGGCGCGGGUAAAACCACUCUCCUAGAUACACUCGCCCAGCGCAUGACGGUCGGCGUCGUCACAGGACGCAUGCUGAUCAACGGCUCACCUCUGCACAUCAGCUUCGCUCGGAGCACGGGCUACGUCCAGCAACUAGAUCUGCACGUUGAAACAAGUACCGUCCGCGAAGCCCUGCGCUUCAGCGCCCUCCUCCGCCAACCUCACACAGUCCCGAAAUACGAAAAGUUUGCCUAUGUCGAGAACGUUAUCAGCAUGCUCCACAUGUCCGACUUCGCCGAAGCCAUCGUCGGUGUCCCAGGCCACGGCCUCAACGUCGAGCAGAGGAAACUACUCACCAUCGGCGUCGAGCUCGCCGCUAAGCCGUCCGUGCUCUUAUUUCUCGACGAGCCGACAAGUGGCUUGGAUAGCCAGAGUGCAUGGGGCGUGGUGCGAUUACUCAGACAGCUUGCGAAUCAGGGCCAGACGAUUCUGUGUACGAUCCAUCAGCCAAGCUCUGUGCUCUUCCAGCAGUUCGACCGUCUGCUGCUGCUCACAAAUGGUGGGAAGAUGGUAUAUUUCGGCGACAUCGGCAACAACUCAAGAACUGUCAUCGAUUACUUCGAACGCAAUGGCGGGAGGACGUGCGGUGGUGCCGAGAAUCCGGCAGAGUACAUGCUCGAAGUGAUUGGUCCGGGCUCAAAGGAAGACUGGCCUGCGCUUUGGAAGGCGAGCCCUGAGCGCCAGGAAGUCUUGGACGAGUUGGCGCGACUACGCGAGGUCAACUCCAAUGGCACGGAAUACAAGGCCAUUGGUGCCGGAUGGGGAACCGGAGAGUUUGCUAUGCCCUUCUACGCGCAAGUACACUAUGUCACCCAACGCGCCUUCCAGCAGUACUGGCGCACACCCCUCUACAUCUGGGCCAAGAUCCGGCUCUGUGUAGCCUCCUCACUCUUCAUCGGCUUCACGUUCUACCAGGCUAAGAGUUCGAUCCAAGGUAUCCAGAACGCCAUGUUCGGCAUCUUCAUGCAGGCCGCUAUAUUCCCACCCCUAGUCAACCAAAUCAUGCCCCGCUUCACCUCCGCCCGCUCCCUCUACGAAGUCCGCGAGCGCCCCUCAAAAGCCUACUCCUGGAUCGCCUUCCUCAUCUCCACCAUCACCGUCGAAAUCCCCUACCAAAUCCUCAUCGCCGUCAUCGUCUUCGGCGGCUUCACAUACCCCGUGCUCGGCAUCCUGUCGUCCGCCCGCCAAGGCCUCAUCCUGCUCUACUUCAUCCAGUUCUUCGUCUGGCUCAGCACAUUCGCGCACAUGGUCGUCGCCGCGCUCCCUGACGCCGAAACAGCGGCCGAAGUUGCGAUUAUCCUGUUCAUCUUGAGUCUCGUGUUCAGCGGCCCGUUGCAGCCGCCGAACCAACUGCCCGGGUUUUGGCACUGGCUGUGGCGCGCGAGCCCGCUUACGUACUGGAUUUCGGGCAUUGUGUCGACGGGUAUGAGUGGGAGGCGCGUAGAGUGUGCGGGGGAAGAGUUGUCUGUUUUUGACCCGCCGACGGGGUUGAAUUGCUCUGUGUAUCUGGAGACUUACCUUAAUAACUUGCAUGCACCUGGCUACCUCCUCAACCCCACCGCCACAGCGCAAUGCGAAUACUGCCCGCUCAGCCUCGUGGACCAGUACCUCUCCGAGUCGAAGAUAUACUACGGCGACCGGUGGCGCAACUUCGGCCUGCUGUUCGUGUACAUUGGGUUUAAUGUUCUGAUGACCGUCGUGCUGUAUUACCUUUUCCGGGUUCGGCGGUGGAAUUUAAGGGCGCUGGUUAGAGAGAGAGUUAGACGGACUUGAUGGCGGGGG